AUGGGAGGCGCACAAGGUAGAUUGCAAAUUUUACAAAAACAUCUUACUAACUAUGCCAGUGGUGAUAUUGGUUUAAUCGGUUUGGCCGUUAUGGGUCAAAACUUGAUCUUGAACGCUGCUGACAAGGGUUUCACUGUUGUUGCUUACAACAGAACUGUUUCCAAGGUUGACGAAUUCAUGAACAACGAAGCUAAAGGCAAAUCCAUCAUUGGUGCUCAUUCUAUUGAAGAGCUUGUCGCCAACUUGAAAAGACCAAGAAGAAUCAUUCUUUUGGUCAAGGCUGGUAAGCCAGUUGACGCUUUCAUUCAACAAUUAUUGCCACACUUGGAGAAGGGUGAUAUUAUCAUUGAUGGUGGUAACUCCCACUUCCCAGACUCUAACCGUCGUUACGAGGAAUUGAAGGAGAAGGGAAUCCUUUUUGUUGGCUCUGGUGUUUCUGGUGGUGAAGAGGGUGCCCGUCACGGACCUUCUUUGAUGCCAGGUGGUCACCCAGAUGCUUGGCCACACAUCAAGGACAUCUUCCAAUCCAUUGCCGCCAAGUCUGAUGGUGAGCCAUGUUGUGACUGGGUUGGUGAUGCUGGCGCUGGUCAUUACGUUAAGAUGGUCCACAAUGGUAUCGAGUAUGGUGACAUGCAAUUGAUUUGUGAGGCCUAUGAUUUGAUGAAGAGAGUGGGCAAGUUCUCUGACAAGGAAAUCGGUGACGUUUUCGCGAAGUGGAACAACGGUGUUUUGGACUCUUUCUUGAUUGAAAUUACCAGAGACAUCAUGUACUUCAAUGACCCUACUGAUGGAAAGCCAUUGGUUGAAAAGAUCUUGGACACUGCUGGUCAAAAGGGAACUGGUAAGUGGACUGCUAUCAACGCUUUGGACUUGGGUAUGCCAGUUACUUUGAUUGGUGAGGCCGUUUUCUCCAGAUGUUUGUCUGCUAUCAAGGAUGAGAGAGUGAAGGCCUCUACCGUGUUGACCGGCCCAUCUGUUGAAGGUGAGUCCCCUAUCAAGGACAAGCAGAAGUUUGUUGACGACUUGGAACAAGCUUUGUACGCUUCUAAGAUUAUCUCCUACGCUCAAGGUUUCAUGUUGAUCAGAGAGGCUGCUAAGGAGUACGGUUGGAAGUUGAACAACCCAGCCAUUGCUUUGAUGUGGAGAGGUGGAUGUAUCAUCAGAUCUGUCUUCUUGGGCGAGAUUACUGCUGCUUACAGAGAGAACCCAGACUUGGAGAACUUGUUGUUCCACCCAUUCUUCAACAAGGCUGUUAUCAAGGCUCAACAAGGCUGGAGAUCUACUAUCGGUAAGGCUGUUGAGUACGGUGUUCCAGUUCCUGCUUUCUCUACUGCUUUGUCCUUCUACGAUGGUUACAGAUCGGCUCAAUUGCCAGCUAACUUGUUGCAAGCUCAAAGAGACUACUUUGGUGCUCAUACCUUCCAAGUCUUGCCAGGCCAAGAGAAUGACUUUUUGAAGAAAGACCAAUGGAUCCACGUUAACUGGACUGGUAGAGGUGGUAACAUCUCUGCUUCCACUUAUGAUGCUUAA